CAUUGGAAGAGGCGCAGUUUGGCUUUCCUGCAUUUAGUGCCAUCUCUCGUCUGACUUGGCUGGUGUCCCUCUUUGGUGAGCUUUCUCUUGUGUCUGCCACUUUGGAAGAGCGAAAAGAGGAGCAAUAUAUGAAAAUGACUGUGCAUCUGGAGACCAAGGACAAAUGUAUGGGCGGAUUUUAGCCCCAACCCUUUCAGAUCCCUGCAAAGCAGGAUAUAUUCCAGGAGGCAAGUUGGAGAAGUUAGUCGACCAUUUGGUGCCUUCCCUGCUCUUUGGCGAUGCCUCCUUUAUCCCCGUAUUUCUGGGGACCUACCGGACUUUUUCAACCCCCCACCAAGUAUUGAGCCUACUGUUCAAUCGAUACGGCUCUUUUGCUGAUCGUCAUGAUGAGGAGGCAGGAGCGCAGGAGCAGCUUCAACAAGCCUUCUCAUUCAUCCUGGGUUCCUGGAUGAAGGAAUACCCAGAAGACUUUCUUCAAGCACAGGAUGCGACUUGCUUAAAUCAGCUAGUCCAGUACCUACACCACAAUAUGGCCGGGUCCCUGGAGGAGCUUCAGGCCCGCCGUCUGCUCACCCAGCUGGAGCACAUGCAUGCCAAGCAGCCUGAGCUGGAGGUCAUAUCUAGAACUGAGUACAGCCUCAGAACCCCCCUCAGCUCCAGGACAUGCUGUGGAGCUCCAGCAUGAGCCACUGGGAGAUGGAUAUUCUGGCUCCCCUGCACCAUCUUUGAUGGAGCCAUCUGCAGAGCCAGAGCCCGCUCCACCUCCAGCUCAAGAGGCAGACAUGCCUGCUGAAGUAGAGCCAGCUCCCAGGGAGUUCCUGGACCUGGAGGAUUUUCAGGUUUCUUCCAGGGAGCCGUCGCAGAUUUCCAUGAAGGAUUUUGAAAAUGACCUGACCCGAGCACACGUGCUGGAGUGGCUGCCUGAGCUGAAGGCAGAGCAGUUCUCCCUCAUGACAGUGGAGCUCUUCAAGAAGCUCAAGCCUUACCACUGCCUGCACUACGUACGAGCAGACCCCAACGAUGAGAGACAGGAGCGCCUGGCACCCACUGUGCUUGCCAUACUGACGCACUGCGACCAAGUGGCCAGCUGUGUCAUCACCACCUGUCUGGGGGACCACAGUGUGCAGGCUGCAGAGAGGGCUGAGGUGGUGGAACACUGGAUAGAGGUGGCCUUGCAGUGCCAUCUGCUGAGGAAUGUCUGCUCCCUCUUCGCAGUACUCUCUGCUCUGCAGAGCAGCCCUCUCCAAGGCCUGAAGAGGACGUGGAGAGCUGUGUCCAGGGACAGUCUCGCGGUCUUCAAGGAGCUGAAGAGGAUGUUCUCCAAGGAGACAAUUUACAAGGGGCGACCAUCCAAAUAUAUGGCCAUUUGGAAGAAACUCAGGAGAGGCCAGAGGAAACCGAAGGAACUGGACUAUCCCGAGGGCACGGUCCCUCACCUGGGCACCAUCCUCACACACCUGGCCUCACUGCAAAAAGACAAGGACUCCAAGAAUGGCACUUGGAUAUCCAUGAAACAAAGACGAGAGGAGUUCAAGGUGAUGUCCCUCAUCAAGGAACUGCAGGGCACGUGUCAGGAGCUCCAUGUGGUUCCUGAGGUGAACUUUGUGUCAUGGUUCACCAAUCUGAAACGCCUCAGUGAAACUGAAUGUGCCAAGCUGUCUAUGGAGCUGGAGCCUCCCGUCAGGGCAGGCUUCCUGGACAGGAACCCCAGGUGGAGCCCUCUCAUGAGGAAGCCCUCAAGACAUCUCCAGGCUCCUACCAGACAGCUCAGCAGAGAUGGCAGCUCCCAGUUGAAGACAAGUGACCGGCUCCGCAGUGGGACUAGCAGCGCUCCACCCACCGUGCAGCUGGGUUACUCACCCCGUCCUUGCUGCCACUGCUAUCAUUUGUACCAUUCUGCCCCAAACAUCUACAGGUCAAAGAUACUUCAAGAAUACGAUGGAAUCUUGCCACUCCUGAGCCCCCAGACCUUCAGGAGAGUUGGCCAGGAGGAGAUAACCUAAGCUGCAUCUCUUCACCCCAGAUGCCUGCAUACACUCAUUGGUGUAGAUUUGAACAGAAGAAAAUACCAACUUCCAGUGCAUCCUGGCAAACACAGUGUGUGAAGCGCAAAGCCUCAAAUGUCAUGGUUUACC